UUGAACUUUUGGGGGGUAGGAGGGGUGUGGGGUGGGCAUGUGACCGCCGCCAUUUUGAAGUCAUGCCCCGGAAAUGCGUCAUUUUACGAAUGGAUACGUAAACCAUUUUUGACGAUGAUGUGCUUGGUUUUGAUUGGAAAUUUGCCAUAUCAGUGGGUGUUUUAUGCGAUGGGCGUUAGUUUUGACCGGAAACACGGGACUGUAGGAGGGGUUUCAUCAUAUAUAUAGAUGUGUUAUUUGGCGCCUCGAUCGAACUUUCCUUUUGGAAUGGUUCACGCUCCAGGAUUCUUAGUGAAACAGCAGAGGCCUAUCCCAGUGUGGUCCCAGUGGCGUCUUCUUCUUCUUCUAUUCAAAGGUAUGAGAGGCCCCGCCACAAACCAGUGAGACAUUGGUUCUUCUGUUCAGAUUCACCAAUAUCAGCUUAAUGCAUGAACUAGGGGGCUAUCUUCUUAGCCAAUAGAACACAAUUUGUAACCUAACAGAGGAAAGCCCUCAGCAAAACAUACAUCUUAAGGUUUAACGAGGAGCACAUAUGCCGACUUAGUGCAGCAUUAUGUGACACAGUACACAAGCCGGGGGCCAACCCCCAAACGUCUUCUUCUGCUUCUCUUCAAUUGUAUGAGAGGCCCCUCCACAAAACAGUGAGACACUGGUGCUUCUGUUCAGAUUCAAAAAUAACAGCUUAAUGCAUGAACUAGAGGGCUAUCUUCUUCUUAGCCAACAGGACACACAUUGUAACCUAACAGAGGAAAAACCCCUCAGCAAAACAUACAUCUUAAGGUUUAACGAGGAGCACAUAUGCCGACUUAGUGCAGCAUUAUGUGACACAGUACACAAGCCGGGGGCCAACCCCCAAACGUCUUCUUCUGCUUCUCUUCAAUGGUAUGAGAGGCCCCACCACAAACCAGUGAGACACUGGUGCUUCUGUUCAGAUUCAAAAAUAACAGCUUAAUGCAUGAACUAGGGGGCUAUCUUCUUCUUAGCCAACAGGACACACAUUGUAACCUAACAGAGGAAAAAACCCUCAGGAAAACAUACAGUUUUAACGAGGAACAAGCGUGUCGACUUAGGGUCGCAUAAUGUACGCAGCACCCAAACAGUGCUAAACCCUAAAUAGCUUGAGAGCCCCACAGGGAUGGAGAAAAACAGAGUCCUUAUGUGGUAAACAGUGAGCAGUUUGUUUAGUUUUAAGCAACAUAUGAACCCUCACCCCCACUGAGACCCUGGUGUGUGAAAAAACAGGGUCCUUAGUUGGUAAUGAUGUUGCAUUCGGGGGGUAUGGGUCUCCUAUAUAGAUACAGCCACGGUUCCCUUCUUCACACCCUGGCAGACUGGUGCAUCCUCACAUUUAAGACAUUUCCAGUGAGAGCCAGAUGUACUACAAGGGGGGAGCAAUGGACCAGAUAUGUGGUAUUUAUACCUUUUAGAAAUAGAUGACAGCUCGCAUCCUAUACAUGGGAGUCUUGAAAAACUGGAAAAGGAGAUUGCUGCACUCAGUUGUCUACCAACAACGACUACGUGCCCCAACCAGGGAGCUGGCACAGUGAAAAAAAAAAAAGUACAUACGGGUGUCCAGUCUGAGAGACCUUCUACAAGCAGGGAGCAGAUUGACCGGUCUACACCAACAAAGGACACAUGGUACUAUCCAGAAUGUUUGACUGACGAGGAAAUGCUGCAGGCGGUCGUUGACUAUGAAGAAGAGAGUACUACAAUAGGAGCAACAUCGGCAGAGUGUGUAACCCCAUUUCAACAAAACAGAGCAGGUAUACCCACAGAACCCACGGUGGUGAUUGUGCACCCGAGGGACACAGCUGACCCCUUAUAUGUAGAGUUGAUAAAUGAAAUCAGUGAACUGCGGCGUUCCAACACCGCAUUAAAAGAGAUAGUAACCGAUCUAUGUAAGAAACAAGAGGAGGCUAGACAAACACAGGACGCCAACGGCUGUUCCAUAAAACAAUACCUGAUAGCUCAGAAUGCAUCCAGUGAAGCUAUCAUAGCUCUACUUACAAAUAAAUUUUAUCCAAGGUGAUCUACUAGGCAUGGUGUCUAUAAGGGGUGGUGUCUAAAUAAACAAUACAGACGUGUAGUAUGCCUCCCCCCAGAAAAGUUUUGAAGAGGGGCACGGGUGAUAUACAUCGAUCAGGGGAUAACCAUAAUAAUAAUGAUGAUGGGUAUAGGGUCCUGUUACAGAAUACAGAGAAACAGCUUAAAAGCCUUCGUGCACUGGUGGAGAGAUCGCGCGUUGAUGCUGCUGCUGCUGCUGCUGCUGCAUACCCUGCCGAAGCUUUUCAUGAUGUUGACAGAAUUCAUUAUACGGAACAACAUUCAUCGUAUCUAGACAGCUGCUAUGCAGACUUGGUCAGUGUCCUAGACCCAGGGUUUAAUACCACAGGCGCAAAUAGCCACGUGUUGGAUCAUGCAGACGGCCCACUUGUGUACACAGACAAUGAUGCAGGGGCUGGGGGGUGUGUGUUGGCAGAAAUAUGUGACGACCGGCUGAAUCAGAUGGGGGCAAAUGGAGAUGUGGAGCAUGAACAGGGUGUUGGGGGGCCUGCUGAGGGUCAUGAGGGAGGGUCAUGGGAGCAGGCCCGAACAGAAGGGGGGCAUGAUGAUACACUAACAGGAGGAGGAGGGGAGAUAAUGAGGGGGGGUGAGACCUCCUCAGGCAUAGAGGGAAGGACAGUCACCAUGAGAGAGAUGCCUUCAUUCAAUGCAUUUGAGCUUAGACAAAGGGUUGAUUUCAGAAACGUGGAUCUUACUGACCUUGAGCAAAUCCCCUACAUGGUCAGAGAAAGAGUGGCGGGUGUAAUUGAUAGAGCUGUAGAGGCCUCUCCGGCUGGUAGUGUGCUGAACGUUUUGUUACGGGGACCUUCAUUGGCUAGUGACAUACAAGCUGUUCUACGCGUAAACGAGUCGUACAACUCUGACUUGUUUAUGGAGCAAAUUGCACAAGUGAUACAGAGCAAUGAUGAGACUAUAACGGAUGAUGAAUUGGAAUUAGUGAUCACCGUAGCUAAAAACAGAAACGGUGGGGGUUAUUUAAAAUUAGCAAAUGUCCCAUAUGAUGUGAUAUUAUCAAAGAAGGGUCGGUUUCUGCACACCCCUGACAAUACUGAUAAUAACCUGUGCUUUUCGCUCUGUUUAGCACAUUUUAAUCAUCCAGACAUGUCCCUGCAAGAUAAAGUGAUAUUUGCAACUCAACUACAUAGAUCGUUGGGUUUUGGACCAAUGCACAAGGUCUCAUUCUCCGAUGUAGAUGCUUUCGAAAGACAUCUGGGUGUGAAAAUCAUAAUCUUCCACCAUGCAGCAGCAGGUCGUAAACGACUUCAGUGUUUCCAAACCCACGAUGCGCCUCAUCCCCGGACAGUCUGGUUAUAUCUACACAAUGACCAUUAUCACCUGAUUGAAAACCAGCAAGGCUUUUUUGGGGCAAAACAAGUAUGUCAGUAUUGCUACCAAGCCUAUGAACAUCGAUUAUACCACAGCUGUGAACAGCUGUGUAAUGUGUGUUUUACAUUAGAGUGUCGUACACAGCUGGGUAAAACACAGAAAUGCGGUGAUUGUAAACGCAUAUGUAAGUCGAAAUAUUGUUUUGAUCAGCACAAGCGGCCAGAAAGCGUCCAUGCCCUCAUCCCCUGUGAUGCUAUGAAAUACUGUGAGGCAUGUGGAAAAACAUACAAAGCAGGACAAAAAGCGCACAAAUGCGCGCCAAAAGUCUGCGUCCACUGUGGUGAGCAACAGUUGGAGAGCAAUGAUAAACAUGAGUGUUUUAUUCAGCCUCUUGAAAAGAAAGAGCCGCAAACAACCUACAUAUUAUUUGACUUUGAGACAAGGUUUCAUAACGGAAAACACGAGGCAAAUUAUGUAUGUGCUAUGGAUUUAGAGGGAAAAAAGUUUUGUUUCAGUACUUUGAAUUGUGUGGACACCUUUGUGAAGUAUUACAGAAGACCUAGAUACAAAGGCUACACGUUUAUCGCCCACAACGCAUCCGGCUUUGACAACUAUAUUCUGUUGGAAUAUUUUGUCAAACAAAAGAUCACUCCGCAAGUCACCAUGAGAGGGAGUCGGGUGAUACUGAUGUAUGACAUUUCAUACCGGCAGAGAUGGAUUGACUCAUUCAGUUUCCUUCCCAUGCGAUUGUCAAAAACCCCCGCUGCCCUAGGGUUCAGUGAUGUCGAGAAAGGCUAUUUUCCCCACAAGUUCAACACCCGGGAGCAUGAGUAUUAUGUCGGUAAAUAUCCUGAUCCGUCCUACUACGGCUUUGACGAUAUGAGUGAUAGCGAUAAAGCGACAUUCAUGGAAUGGUAUAAUGCCGUUUCAGGAGGAACAUUUGACUUCCAAAAAGAAAUCGGACGCUACUGUGUUAACGAUGUAGAAGUGUUGCGAAAAGCCUGCAGCAUCUAUCGUGAGACAUUAAUAGUGCACGGAGUUUAGCACGGAGUGCACGGAGCUUGACCCCUUCUCAUUUACCACCCUAGCAUCCAGCUGCAUGGGGGUGUUCAAAACCCUGUUUCUCCCAAAGGACACAGUUGCUCUAACGUUUGAGGGGGCAUACACUGCUCAGAAUAAGACGUAUUCUGAUGUAUCGAUGCAAUGGCUUGAAUAUGUGGCCCUCACAGAGAAUAUUGAGAUUAAACAUGCUCUCAAUCACGGUGAACAGCUUUUUGAGCCGUUCUAUGUGGCUGGCUAUAACGCUGUAACAAACACUUGCUAUGAAUUUGCGGGAUGUUUUUUCCACGGAUGUGUCAAAUGCCACGUCCAGAGCGACAUGAACCCUGUUACAAAAAUCACCUACGGUAGACAAUACAGGGUGUUCAUGGACAAAAUAUAUUCUCUACAAAAACAACACGGGCUGCGAGUUGUAGUGAUGUGGGAGUGUGAGUGGUCGUCGUUAAAACGGACGAGCGGGGCUGUACAGGCUUUUAUGGCUACUUACAAAAAGCGUGAGCGUCUAGAGCCUAGAAAGGCCCUCUUUGGGGGACGUACAAACGCUAUGAAGCUGUACCACAAGAUCGGUGCUGAUGAAAAAAUCAGGUACUACGACUUCACCAGUCUUUAUCCGACGGUUCAGGCUAAAAAGCAGUAUCCAGUUGGACAUCCUCAGGUUAUCCUGAAGGAUUUUGAGUCUAUUGACAAGUAUUUUGGACUCAUAAAGUGCACAGUGCUACCGCCCAGAGGGCUGUUUCACCCGGUCCUACCAUACAGAUGUCAUGACAAACUCAUGUUCCCCUUGUGUGGCAAAUGUGCUGAGGAUUUGAAUCAGAGUGGCGAGUGCACUCACGGAGACAGAGACAGACUGCUGGCGGGGGUCUGGGUGUCAAUUGAACUGCAGAAGGCUGUGGAAAAGGGAUACAGGCUUGUGUCCAUUGAUGAAGUUUGGCAUUUCCCCAACAAAACAGACACAUUGUUCAGCGGGUAUGUGAAGACAUUCAUGAAGUGUAAACAGGAAGCGUCAGGCUACCCUGGUCAUGUUAAAACCCCCGACGACAAGGAGAAAUAUGUCAAAGACUAUUUUGAAAAGGAAGGCAUUCAAUUAAACCCUGACAAAAUCAGGGUCAACAAAGCCAUGAGAAGCUGCAACAAACUCCUCCUAAACUCUUUGUGGGGCCGUUUUAGUAUGCGCAAUAAUAUGCCUGCAUGCGAGCUGAUCACAGAUCCGGCUCGGUUCACACAAUUGAUGUUUAGUGACCACUUUGAUGUGCGACAAUUCUGUUUUAUCUCAGAUGACGUGGCUUUGGUACAGUGGCGACAUGCAGACGCCCGCGGUUCCCGUAUAAAAGACGUAAACGUCUUUAUAGGAGCCCUGACAACUGCCCAUGCCAGAUUGAUGCUCUACGACUUGUUAGACAAACUGCAGGAGAGGGUCUUGUACUGUGACACAGACGGCAUUGUCUUUACAUCGAGAGGGAGCGACUGGGUGCCGCCCCUGGGGGCAUAUCUUGGUGACCUGACUGAUGAGUUAAACAGCAGAGACAUAUGCGGACUGCCUAGUGAAGACUACAUCACAGAGUUUGUAUCAGGAGGACCCAAAUGCUAUGCCUAUAACACGGUACAGGGUAAAACAGCUGUCAAAUGUAAAGGCGUCACAUUAAACGCUAGAAACGCCUCCGUCGUCACCCCCCAGUCACUGAUUGGCCUCGUACAGGCUUAUGUAACCAAUCACAACACACACACUUUGACCACAGUGUCUGAAACUAUCAGGCGUGAUGAAAAGAAGUUCCAUCUUAAAAACGAGACAGUUUUUAAGCAAGUCAGAGUGGUGUACAAUAAGCGGAGGGUGUUGUCUGACUAUACGACCCUUCCUUAUGGAUACUAACAGCGAUCAAGGAUUUGAUGCACGACUACAACACCCCUUUAGUUUGGUAGUGAGUGGGCCUUCAAACUGUGGAAAGACUUUUUUUGUCAAGGAUAUUAUUGCAAAUGCUGAGAGGGUUAUUUCACAUUGUAUUGACAAUGUCGUCUACAUUUAUUCAUGCUGGCAGCCUUUAUAUGAUCAACUGCUUAAAACCAGAGACAUUAACUUUGUAGAGGGCUUACCAGAGUCUCUGUGCGAUGAUGUUUUACUACCUCCUGCCAAAAACAAUCUACUCAUUAUAGACGAUUUAAUGAAUGAUGCCGGGAAUAAUAUAGAAGUUCAAAAUGUUUUUACCAAAUAUGUACAUCAUAGAAAUCUCAGCUGUAUAUAUUUAGUACAAAAUUUAUUUAUUCAGGGUAAAUCUAGUCGCACUAUUAGUUUAAACACCAACUAUCUCAUUCUGUUUAAAAACCCUAGGGAUAAAUAUCAAAUCACACUACUGGCCAGACAGAUGUUUCCGGGUAAUACUAAAUAUUUUUUAGAGGCCUUUAAUGAUGCGACCCAACAAUCAUAUGGCUAUCUUCUCAUAGAUUAUAAAGCGUUGACCCCCGAACAUUUAAGACUCAGAACGGCUUUGCUAUCGGACCAACAGGUUGUGUAUAUCCCCCAAAAAACAAACAGGCGUUAAUAACGCUAAAAUGUCAUCACGCAUGCAGAGGAAUUUGUCAUUGUUGGAGUUGAUAUAUAAAUCUACGCCUCGUGUGCGACGUGUCAUUGUUAAUAACGCCAGCACGGAUUUUAUCGACUCUCUGUGUGAGAUCGCACUCAAUGUAUUGAGAGGUAACAUUCCUUUGACCGACAAACAAUUCGCCCUCUUAAAGAAGAAGAAGAAGAUUAUCCGGCUGGUGGCGGAUAAAAAAGUUAAACAGACCAAGAAGAAAAAGACCCUCAACCAGUCGGGGGGCUUUUUAUUACCGUUAUUAGGGGCUGCUAUUCCGUUUAUAAUUAGUCUUGUCAAUAGGAGGGGCUAAAAAUGGAGCACACCCAAAAAAUGUUUCUGGUCCCCCAGCAUCAGCUUGGCCUAGUAAAGCAGCAGCCUCAUUAUAAGCAGCAGGAUCAACGAGAGUCUAUAAGACAGGCGGUGCAAAAUGAGCUUGAUAGAGCUAUGAUUGACGUGUUGAAUCAACCUGAUACAGACAUGUACGAAAAAGCCAAAAAAUAUUCCGUUAUUUUACAGAGAUUCUUGGCUGUGGUGAGACAGGGAGAGCGUGAGAAGGGGGCGUUGCCUUUACCACUACCCUCCGGUGAAAGUGACUCGGGCUCAAAUCCUGUCGUUUCAGCAGAUGACGUACCAGGAAAAGAUGUGAUUUUAGGCAAUGUGAUCAGGCACAUACCUAAAAAAAGUAAAAAACAUGCCGAAUAUAUUUUGGAUGCUUUGAACCACGCAAAAAACGGCAUAUCCUGGACAGACCGAGGGGAGAUCGUUGUCAACAAUCAAACGAUCAAAGGCACCCAUCUGUAUGAUCUGGUGAAAAGUGUCACGUCCUCGUAUAAUGUUUUAGACGAAUCUAGACCUAUCGGUUGGAAGAUAUUUUUAAAAACGCUAGCUGAUUUAAAUAUCCCCCUAUCCGCUAUCCCCAACACGCAGGUUAGGAGGUCUAUUGCUGAAUAUAAGGGUGGUGAUGCAGUUUAUGACGGGGGUUUUAAUGUUUCGGGGUCAUUCAAAACAAAAACUAGGACCAGCCGAUCUGUAGACAGCACCCCCUUUAAGACACCUAAAUCCCUAAAGACCAAAUUUUUUAGGAGUGAUGAUUCGUGGGAAGAUUUUUAAGAUGUGUUUGGCUAUUACUGUGUGACACAUGUCUUUUUAUUUUUAAGCUUGUACUGGAUGCAUAUUAUUUUUAUUUUAUUUUGUAUUAUUAUUAUUUUGUUUUUUAACUUUACACAAGUGUUUGUAAUGCUUUUGUAUUAUCUGUUAGUCUGUUCUUUGUGGAUGGAAAUAAAAUUGGUGUUCACUGCUGAAA